UGAUUAAUGAGCUAAAGACUUUAUUUUGUAUAUUUUCCAGGUGUUUCACCACAAACAGAAACAGUCAUAAACUGAAAAGGCAGAAUGGAAGAAAAAGUUCAAAAAAGAGUGAGAGUGACUCCUUGGCAAACAAAGAAAAUAAAACAUACAGAGUGAAACUAUCCAGCCUGUUUAACAGCCCCAGUCCACCAAAAAUAAGAAAGGAAUCUGAAAGGAGAAAAAGUAAAAGCCCAGAAAAUAUGGUAAAAAGGGAGAAGAAAUGUCAAAGGAGAAAAACAACUUCACAGGGAAAAAAUUCAGAGACAUACAAGCUGCAGCCCAAAAGGCAGCUCUCCCCAGGUAGUAUUCUGGAUGCUGCAGAAAAAGAAGGAAACCUAAUUGGAGAUUUCAGUAAGCCCUAUCUUCUUCAGUUAGAAAAAGGAGAUCACCAGGACCUACAAUAUGUUUCAUCACAUGUUGUGGCUUCACUCCUAAAGGGAGAAUAUGACAGUACUGUGAAAAAGUAUCAGAUUAUUGAUUGUCGGUAUCCCUAUGAGUAUGAAGGAGGCCAUAUUAAGGGAGCUACAAACAUAUACAAUGAAGCCCAGCUGCAGGCUGCAAUGUUUCAAGAGGUGUGUCAAAGUCCAUCAAAAAACAGUUACGUAGAUGGCAAGGAAUUGACAGAGAAGAUAUCACUACAAAGUCCACCUAGCAGAUGUACCUUUGGAAAUAGUCCCACAUCUACAUAUCUAUUACAGGACAGUCAACACUCAGCAAACACAGAGCAGGAGGACUUUGCUAUGUCUGUGAAAGAUCAAAGUCCUUCAGCUGUUAGUUCAUCUUAUGACGCCUCAGCUCAAAGAACUUUGAUCAUCUUCUACUGUGAAUUCUCAUCAGAACGGGGACCCAGGAUUUGCCGACAUCUACGAAAAAUAGACAGGAAUGUUAAUGUUUACCCACAGCUCUAUUAUCCAGAGCUCUACAUCCUAAAGGGUGGUUACAAGGAGUUUUAUUCCCAAUUUAAGAGUCUCUGUGAGCCAUGCAGCUACAUGCCAAUGCUGCAUAAGGACUUUAGCGAACAGCUGAGGAGGUACAGAAGGAAAAGACGAUUCCGAUCAGUUCAGUUUAGAAGAAAACAGCUCUUUGAAUCAGAAACAGAUGUGCAAUAAUGACAAUGAUAAACACAAACAGAUUAGUUAAUGAUGGGUGAUUUGAUGUUUUUGGUAUGACUUGUAUGUAUAUGAGCAAACUGAGAAUUCAAAUAAUGGACGAGGCUCAGAUUUAGUGUGUAUGAAUGUAGUAAGGAUCAGAGCUGCCUUUUAAUGUAUGUAUGAAAGCAUAAACUAGACUAGAUAAUAUCAAAUGAUAGCAUUAUGACAGCAGCUGUGCCUUUCAUUGUGAUAUUAUUUGUUUACAAAUAAUACUGUAGGAGUAUUUAUUUUUAUACAAUUAUUUAUUAGCUAUAACAACUACUCAUGUUUUAUUUAUACUGUGUAUUUAUACUGUGGAAUAUGGAACUGAAUUCCUUACUGUGAAAGAAAGGUACAAAUAUGUAUAGAAAAAAC